UCUAAAAUGACACUUGUUUCUCUGUCCGCUGUUUAUAUGUGUGCCAAUAUUUUUGUCGCUUUUGCGGCUGACGCUCAAGAGCCCACGUUCGACUGUACGCCACGAGCGCGAAUUGUGACAGAAAACUUGGAGAAAAGUACAGAUGAAAAUCACAUGGACGGCUACACCUUUCUGGAGAAAGAUACAAGGUUUGACUUGGUGAUGACUAGUUUAACCCUUCUGGAAGGUUUCGAUGGUGCAGUUGGUGUUUCUUUUGAUUGUAUCAGCACUGUAACAACCGACAAAGAGGACUCCAAGCAUGAAGUUACGGAGACAGUCGACUACAAGAAUGCCACAACACAGAAAUGGACCACAUUCAGCCAGAGAUUUGGAUUCGAAACUUUACAUGGAGGCUACAACCUAAUGAAAAGCAAGGAAUUGAGUGGUGCUCCAUCUGGAAAUUAUGAAUUUUUAUAUGUGGUAAAGAAAUGCGCAGUUGUGAAGGUGACAGAAUUUGGAAAUAGGAUAUCUGAAGAAGAUGAUGAUGAUGACAUUACUGAAAGAGAAGAACCUCAAUCUGUGGACGAAAGACCACACUGCAUGAUGUGGACAAAACACCAGGAAACUUAUGCAACUCAGAACUUCUGUGAAAAAUUUUUCACUAAUUGCUGUAAACCGAAAAAUCCAAACUACGAGUACUCUCCUGCGAAGUGCAAUGUUCCUGAACAGAGAGUGGAUCUUUAGCGCAUUCCUCACAAUUGUUCCUGCGGUAGCACUUUUAUACAACCUUAAAAUUGGAUUUACUGUAAUAAAAACCAAU